AUGCUUUGGGUUGAUGAGUUCGUUAUUAUUUGGGAUGCAUUCGCAGUGCUUGCACCCAUCGGUCCAUUGCGACGUAUCAGUGGAAAAGCUCACGAAUACAGCGACCAAGAAGCAAAGAGCAAACAUAUCCAACAGCGUAAAGCGUUAGGUCACAAAACAUCGGUUCGUCUUGGCAUGGGCGACUUCAUUUUCUAUAGUUUGCUGGUAGAUAAAACCUCCGCGACACGUAGUAUGUGCGUUGCUGACUCAAUGGCUGGCUGGCUGGCAUACUCACCCUGGCAGUACUGUCUAGCUACGAUGAACCCACUACAGCACUGUCUGUUCCGAUCGAUUACCAUCGCUGUACUGCUACAUUCCGGCAUUUAUCUGUUCGUCGAACCAUUCCAUAAUCGCAUAGUGAUGAGCACAAAAUUAUUUACCUCUAGACAAAACAGAACUAUCUCCACCAUAUGA